UUAGAUUCACCAAGCCGAGCACCAUCUUGAGAUCAACUUUGGAUCAGCAUUUCUUUCUACCCCUUUGUGCCUCCUGCUCACCGCUGCGCUCAGCCAUGUCUCACCGGAAGUUUCAUGCCCCGCGACACGGUCACCUGGGCUUCCUCCCGCGCAAGCGCAGCCGCCGGCACCGGGGAAGGGUUCGCAGCUGGCCCCAGGAUGACCCCAAGCAGCCCGUCCACCUCACCGCCUUCAUGGGCUACAAGGCGGGCAUGACCCAUACCCUGAGAGAAGUGCACCGCACAGGCCUGAAAAUCUCCAAACGAGAGGAAGUUGAGGCCGUCACCAUCAUUGAGACUCCCCCUGUGAUAGUUGUUGGGGUGGUGGGCUAUGUGGAGACUGUCCAUGGCCUGCGUGCCUUCAAGACCAUCUUUGCUGAGCACAUCAGCGACGAGUGCAAGCGUCGCUUCUACAGAAACUGGUACAAGAGCAAGAAGAAGGCCUUCACCAAGUACUGUAAGAAGUGGCAGGAUGAAGGCGGAAAGAAGCAGCUCGCAAAGGACUUUGCGGCCAUGAAGAAGUACUGCAGGGUGAUCCGUGUGAUUGUGCACUCGCAGAUGCGCCUGCUCCCACUGAGACAGAAGAAGGCUCACGUGAUGGAGGUGCAGCUCAACGGGGGCAGCAUGCCGGAGAAGGUGGACUGGGCACGGGAGCGGCUGGAAAAACCCGUCCCUGUGUCUGCCGUCUUUUCGCAAAACGAGAUGGUAGACGUCAUCGGGGUCACCAAGGGCCAUGGCGUGAAAGGGGUGACCAGCCGCUGGCACACCAAGAAGUUGCCCAGGAAGACACACAAGGGCCUGCGUAAAGUGGCAUGCAUUGGAGCCUGGCACCCAGCACGAGUUGGCUUCACAGUGGCCCGCACUGGCCAGAAGGGCUACCAUCAUCGCACCGAGCUCAACAAGAAGGUGUAUCGCAUUGGGAAGGGAGUCCAUGUACAGGAUGGCAAAGUGAUCCGCAACAAUGCUUCCACCAACUACGACACAACUCAGAAGACAAUCACCCCUCUGGGUGGGUUCCCUCACUAUGGGGAUGUGAACAACGACUUUUUGAUGCUCAAAGGCUGUGUGGUCGGCCCCAAGAAGCGUGUCCUCACACUCCGCAAAUCGCUGUUGGUGCAGACCUCCCGCAAGGCCAAGGAGGACAUUGAGCUCAAGUUCAUUGACACCACCUCUAAAUUUGGCCAUGGACGCUUCCAGACAGCGCAGGAGAAACGUUCCUUCAUGGGUGCCCAGAAGAAAGACUUGAUGAAGAAGCUGUCAGAGCCACAGGAAGAGGAAGUUUAAAACAGGGUAAAACCUUUCUGUGCUGCACCCAUAAUGUAAGGCCUGUGACAUAAAGAGAAAUAAAAGUUUUCUGCCUUUC